AUGAUACCGCCAGGAGUUCACUACAUUUCGUACAGAAUCAACAACUCGCCCACAUCCGGCUUUUUCCACAAUUUCUCCCAAAAGGAAGUCUUCUCCCGAAAAUGGGAGCCUGCCUCCGCCGUGUUCAAAGAACUCGACCAACUGACAGCGUCUAAUAUCGCCCUCCCAGAAAAUCUCAAAACGAUGGACGGCGAGCUGGCACCGUAUCCGAUUGAAGAAUACAAGAAAUGGUGCGGCUUGUCGAACUUGAUCUCGAAGAAGGCUUUGCUGCGGUUGGACCCGAAGUGUGGAUUUGUUGAUUCCGUUUGCGAUUACACCCCUGCUGUGGAUGAGAAUAACAGAUCGAAGUUGGAUAAAGAUGGGCUUCCUAUUCUCAGCCAGACCGAAGAAAGUCGAAUUCAAUACACUGCCGUUAGUCGCCAAUGGUGGCCGGAAAAUUGCUCCCCUUCCGAGAGAUCUCUUCAUGCUCAAGACUCCAGUUGGUUUCUCGGAGAACUCGUGAAGAAAACCGGCUCUUCGGAAGAUUUGCUGGCAGAGCUGCAGUACUCGUACAUUGUUUUUGUUCUUGGCCAGCAUAUGGCGAGCUUUGAUCAUUGGAAACAGCUUCUCAGGGUUUUUUCUUACUGCACCGACAUCGUCACGCAUUCCGCUCUAUACCAGAAGUUCUUCACUGCCCUUUACUUUCAAAUCCAAACGAUGCCCGAAGAUUUUAUGGUUGACAUCGUGUCCUCCAACAAUGUCGUUCUUCAAUGUCUCAACCAGCUUUUCCGAAAUGUCUUCGACGCAAAAGCAGAAAUACCACCCGCUCUUUUCCUCCGAAGCUCGAAAUUUCGAACCUACUGCGAGACAAAGUUCAACUGGAAGCUUUACGAAGAUGGAGAGUCAGAAGAUGACGACGAAGAUGGUCCCACAAUCGUCCAACUCUAG